UAAAGAUUGCUCCUACUUGGAGACACAAGCAAAUCGCAACCCAAAAGCAAAAGAACUACUCGAAAUCAGCUCAAGAUGCGCGCCUUUAUCGUCAUGUGUUUAGUGGCAGUCGCCUGCGCCGAUAAGCUGGGCUACAACUACCAGCCGGUGGGUCACUCCAGCUCUGGACUGUCCUUUGCUCCAGGAAGUGGUGGUUCUAUUGGAGGAGGUUCAAUUGGAGGAGGUUCCAUUGGAGGAGGUUCCAUUGGAGGUGGGUCCAUUGGAGGCGGAUCCAUUGGAGGUGGAUCCAUAGGAGGAGGAAUCGAUUCCGGUCUUGGAGGUCUGAGUGGUCUUGGUGGUCUGGGAGGUAGCGAUGCUCUGAGUGCUCCCGUCUCCUACAAUGCCCCCGCUCCCUCUGCCGAACUCGAGAAAGAAUUCUUCACCUUCACCGCCAACGAGCAGGACUUCGAUGAACCCCAGGAACUCGAGCGUGUGGCUGGAUCCGUUAACAAGGGACUCCGUGUGGUCUUCAUCAAGGGACCCGAGAACCGCGGACUGGAGGAUGCCGCCCUGGCUCUGGCCAAGCAGGCUGCCCAGCAGGAUACCGCCAUCUAUGUGCUGAACAAGCAGGCUGAUAUUGGAGAUCUGGCCAACAAGCUGAACGCCAUCAAGAGCAACUCGAACAACAAGCCCGAGGUUCACUUUGUGAAGUACAGGACUCCCGAGGAUGCCCAGAAUGCCCAGCGUGCCAUCCAGUCGCAGUACGAUCAGCUGGGAGGUUCUAGCCAGGCUCAUGAUGGCGGUGUGGCCAACGCCCUGAACUUCGCCUCCGCCGGUCCCGUCCAGAGGGCCCAGGCUCAGAUCCCCGAGAACUCCUACCUGCCAACUUCGGUCUUCCGUCGUCGCCUGCGCUUCUAAAAAGGAUUAUCCCUUGGACUAUUAAUACUUAAGCUAAAAAAUAUCGACUGAAGAACUCCAUCUUCCUGUUACACUGUUGUUGACUAAUGCAUAAUUACACAAAUAAAUUUGAAAUUUAAAAACGAAAA